AUGAAGUUCACUGGAAUCGCCACGUCUCUCGCUCUUGCUAGCACUGUGUCUGCUGCCGCUCUUCCGGCUCGUGGCGUUGAGGUUACUGUCCAGUCCACCCUGACUGAGCUCACGGGUGUUCUUGGAAACCUCGACAACGUUGUCGAUAACCUCCUUGGCUGCGUUACUGACUCCACCGAUCUCACCGAGGUCAAGUCCAAGCUUUCCACUAUCCAGGGCCAGCUGACCGAGCUGCUUCCUGUCAGCAAGCGCGACCUUACAGGCACCGUCGUAGAUGUCGCAGCGCCCGUCAAGGCUGUGGCUGGAAAUGCCGUGAAUACUGUCGGUGGGGUUGCUGCCGGCGUUGCUGCUACAGAGGUCGAUGUUAAGCGUGACGGCGACAGCCUCACCACUCUUUCGCAGAACAUCGUUGACAAAGUUGAGAGCGGUGACCUGGAUGCUGCCGGUCUUGAAAAUGUCCUGAGCCUUCUCAACGUCUCUGGGAGUCUCGUCAACGUCCAGGCCGCCCUUGCUCUCUUGUAAUGGUAGCCAGAUCUUUCGCCCAGUACCACCAUCCAAAAGAGGUGGUACAGUUUCUAGAGAGACGUCAUGGAAUCCUUGAACUUCAUGAUUCCGUGAGGCGACCUCAUUGUUCUUCCAGCAUUGCGUUCUUGGUCCUCGAAGCACCUUAUCUGGAGGAGCCUUUGUACUGUAUAUAGUG